AUGGAAAACAAUCUUGAACUAUUCAUCUCAUUCACACAAAGAGAAGGAUUUGAUAAGGAUAAAAAAAUUCAAAGCAGAUUAUAUCCAGACUCUUAUAAUAAUUAUUCAUUACUUGAAAUAUGUUGCUAUUAUGGAGCAGCUGAUUGUUUCAAGUUAUUAAGAUCAGAAUUUAACUCGAAAAUAACACAAAAAUGUUUAGAGUUUUCAUUUUUAAGAGGAAAUCCAGAGUAG